AUGUUGAGUUUUUAAUAACAAACACUUCAACCCCAGAAUACAACUUAGAAUAACUUAUAAUUCAUUUAUGGAGAAGUGUUUUAGAUGCAACAGAUCAAUGAAACUUUAAAAUAACAUUAAAACACUACAUCUGCUGAAUUGGAAGCACUCAAAGGUAAAUUAGAAUAAAACAAAACACACCUUACUUAAGCCAUAUUUUAAAAAACCGGUUAAGAUAAAUCUAAACCAAACCAAGUUUAAAAUGUUGGAGAGUUUCAAGGCUAUGUUGUUUAAUUAGAAUAAUCAAUGGGAGGGUAAUUAAAAUAAAUUAGAGACAAAAAUUAACUCAUCAUCCAAGAAUUAAUUAAAGCUCAUAAAUUGUUAGAAAAAUAUGCAAUUUCUAAAAGAAAACUUAACAAAAAUUCAGCUAAAGAAUUGGGUCUAAUUUAAGAUAUUGAAGAAUUAAGAGAUAGAGCAUCUAUAGUAUUUAAUCGUCUAGAAGAACAUGAAAACAAAGUAUAAUUCUCAGAGGAAUAUACUGAUUUAUCAAAAAAUCCAAGGAUUAUUGAUUUUAAUGAACAAUCCAUAGAACUUAUUAAAGAAUUAAAAAAGGACUAUAUCGCAAGCAAGAUAACCUUAGAUAAAAGCUAACACAAUAUAAAAAGCAUGCUUGAGAAUCUAAAUGACACAAAUAAAUAAACAAAAUGA